AUGAUGUUAAGCCCGAAGAUACAGCGCUCUGUCCGUGUCAACGACGGUCAGCUUAUCGCCCUGUCGGACAGAGCGCAGUAUGACCACUCGCAGGCCGGGUAUCUCCACAAGCGCAGCUCCGACAACACCAAAUGGCAGCUGCGCUGGUUCGUGCUGUACCAGAACAUGCUGUUCUACUACGAGUCCGAGAACAACACUCGACCUACGGGCGUCCUGCUUCUAGAAGGCUCCUACUGCGAGCGUCUCAGCAAGUCGCCGAUGGAGAGGAACGCUUCGUUCUGCUUCACGAUAUCUUACCGACGCGAGAGCCAGCGGCAGUACGAGCUUCGCGCCGCCUCCGAGGUGGACUGCGUGCAUUGGGUCGACGCCAUACGGGAGGCGAGCUUCAACAAGCUGCUGCUGCAGAAGGAGGAGCUGGAGCAGAAGCAGCUGCACCUGCUGCAGGUGGUGGAGAGCGAGCGAACGUCGCGGUGGCAGUACGCGCAGCAGUGCGACGAGCUGAGCAGCGAAGUGAAGAAACUCCGCACGGAGCUGUGCGCGUAUAAGAAGGAGCACGAGCCUGCCACGCGCACCGCCUCCUCAACAAGCCUGUCACCAACGGACUCCGACGACAUCGAUCCAGUUGAACUGCGCAAAAUCAAAAAAGUCCAAAGCUUUUUCCGGGGAUGGUUGUGCCGACGUCGUUGGAAGCAAAUCGUGGAUCAAUACAUAAAGAGCCCGCAUGCUGAAAGCAUGAGGAAGCGGAAUAGUUUAGUGUUCAAAAUGGUUGAAGCUGAGGAGGAGUAUUUGGAGCAAAUGGAAAUUUUGGUGACAUGCUUCCUGCGGCCAUUCAAAAUGGCGGCGAGUUCUAAAAAGCCACCAUGCACCCACGAGGACGUCAACUCGAUAUUUCUGAACAGCGAAACGGUUCUGUUCCUGCAUCAGAUCUUCUUCAAGGGCCUCACAUCCAGGAUGGAGUCCUGGCCGACGCUGGUGCUAGGUGAAUCUCUUGUC